GUCCCGGGUGCCGGCGGCCAUCCGGAGCUCCGUCGGGUCACCGGAGGGACCCGUGGCGGAACCCACCCUGAGGCUUUGGGAUUCUCCCGAAGCUUUCAGGCUGCCUGAAUAAAGAACAAGGUUGGAGUGGGAAAAGAGAGGAAACUUCCUGUCUGCCAGUUUACAAGAAAUUGGCUAAUGGAAUCUGCCAAGAAGAUGGACGUCAUCAACGUCAUCGCCUUGCCCAUGAUACCAAUGGAUGAGCACCAGGUGGUCUCUGUCAAUGCCCGGAAAGCACUGGAGAAUUCUUUGAGGAAACAGUUGCAAGAACAUCCCCCCACAUGCAUCAUUGGCUCCAUGAGCCAGGUGAACCAGAAGAUUACUGAGAUAGACCUGGGCCCCAAACUGUGGGCCAGCAUCUCGGCAAUUGAGGAAUAUGAGUUGGAGAAGAAGUCUUUAAAAGAGAAAACUCACGGCAGCCUGGGAGACAAAGCCAGGCGACCAAAGGAAGAGUCACCGAUAUCCUGCAAAGGCUCAGAGCUCCGGAAUGCCAAGGUGGUCCUGACAAAAAGGAAAAGAGCAGAUAAAAAUCUGCUGGCGGAGCUUCACCAACACCCCCCGUUUGAUGAAACUAGGCCCAACAGGCUUCCCAAUGGCGUGGACUUCUGCGAUAUGGUGGGCAAUGUGAUUCGGUCUGAGAAAAACCCCCUUAGUGGCAAGUCUUAUUGUUCAGACAGAGAAUUAGAGAAGUUUCUAUCUUCUCCCUCCCUGAGCGCCAUCUGGCUGGACAGCUUUUGGUGGCUAUUUCAUGAACGGUACCAGCCAAACAAGGAGAUCCAAAACAAGCUGUUUGACCGGAUAGCCCGGAAUUACGCCUUGCUGUUGUUCAAGACGGUUCGGUCCCACUAUGAAGAGGCACUCAUAAAAAGGCUCCCAUCGCUUCUGAGCAAAGCCCUGUAUACCAGUUUCUGCUGCUCCUUCCCCCAGUCCUGGUUCGACACCCACGAAUUCAAGUCAGAAAUUUGUAAUACCAUGGACCUGUGGAUCUCAGGGACGUAUCCUUGCCCAAAGAGCUAUGACAAUUGGGACUACUCGGAGCUGGAUCCAGAGAGGUUCCGGAGAGAAGAACUGAUGUUACAGAGCAGUCGACUUAUAAGGGGAAGAGAGUUCAGCCUCUUCACUUGUAAGAAAACCACCACCCAGAAGGUGGAACAGAACAAAAACAAGAAAUUCUUUCGCCUUCCGGUAAUUUUAAAGAUGGCAGAAGGCAGCGUCUAUAAAGAGGAGCUUGAGCUGGAAGAUGGCUCUGUUGAAUCACUUUUUUGCUGUAUCACAUUGACAGACCAGCCAGCAACAGCUCUGUCCUCCCGGAAAGCCACGCCGCAAGUCAAGAGGAUCUCGGAAGCCAGAGCAUUAAUGAAUUUUUUGCUGAAAAAGUCCCACCCUGCCGGCAAAAGCCCCAAGCUGACUUCAAACCAAUUCAACCUUUAUGGGAAGAGUCCGCUAAUCGUGUACUUCUUCCUCAACUACUCCCAGCUGCAGCUGAAUGGCCAGGAUUUGCUGGUCAGCAGGCGAGAAAAGACCAGUGUCGUCCCUGACUCUGCCAUGACCUACGCUGACAUCAUCUGCCUGGUCAUGAAGAACAUGGAGACUCGGAAGAGAAAGCUCAGGCGGCUGUAUGAGCUGCACGAGAAUGAGUGGACCUAUUUUAACAACUACCUAACGGAGCUGCAGGAGAACUUCGAGAGGGAGGUGAAUAUUAUCAAUCAAAAAGCAGCAGAAAGAAAAAGGGCCAGAUAUGCCUUUCUCUCACACUCCUUACUGUUUGAUGACGUGUUUGACAAGAAAUCCAAAGGAAACCCCCACCGAGAAACGGUGUUUCUCUCAAGGAAGAAACAGAAAGAGGUGGCAGAGAAACAGAAGGUUUCCCAGUCCCCUUUCUCAUUUCGAAUUACCGUGGACAACUACUCCCUGGGCCUAAGAAGCCCCUGCAGAAUCGGAUCUGGUUCCAGUACCAGCAAGCGCAACACCAAGAUGUCCAGAAUCAAGCAGGAGAUGCUCUUUAGACUCUCACCGUCUUCCAUGGAAUGAAUGCCAAGGAUCGGCUCGGACUGCAGAGGUGGUGCCUGCCUGUGUCAUCGGAUGGCAGUGAGAACUCUGCUGCAACAAGGGCCAUGCUGAGUCUUCCUCAGUCCACGGGAUAAAGAAUAUUAAAGUUCUCAUCUACCACGAGCCAAAGUGAGGGCUGAGAGAAGGUGACUCACCUCAUCCAUUCAGACAUUUACUAAUGCAUUCUUUCAUUCACUUAUUAACAAUAACCACACAAUUCAACACAUCAUUAUGAAACAUAGCAAGACCUUGACUCAAAAAAACAAGCAAACAGGAAGUAUUAGAAGGGAACUGAGCCAGGUGGUGGUGGCACACGCCUUUA